AUGGUAGUCGCUCUCCGUCCUGCUAACUUCUACGGCAGCAGCCUCCCUCGCCCUCGAUUCUUCGACCACAGCAGCCACCCCGCUGAACGCGUCGAUCCUCCUGUCUCAGUCAUGGAUCCUUUCCUUUCCUGGGCUCAUGAAGCUCACUGGUCCAUGGGAGGUCUCAACACCCAGCGCUUCCGCCUCCAGGGUCGCAUCGAAGGUAACAUCGACAGGCUGCGCAAGUUCCGGGAGAAGCAAGUCAAAUCGCAGACGGGAAAUACCCCCAAGAAGCAGAACGAUGCCGGCCUAGAAGCCGCCGGGAAGAAGAAUCAGAAGAGGGCAGGAUCCACUUCUCCCCCUCCGGCGCCUAGAGUGACGAAGAAGAGGAAGUUCAUGGAUCUAUUCGAGGAUGAGAGUGAAAACCCAGAAGAUGAGCCUAAGAGGGAGAGAACCAGGGGUAAGAAAUUUCCGGCGAGGAAAUUGGUUGGGGAGUUUGAGAGGGUUGCCAAGGAAACUGAGGCGAUGAAAAAGAACGAGUUGAACAAAGAGGGUUCCGAAGGGAAGAAGUCGAAGAAGAGAUUGAGGAAAGUUGGGGAAGAUGGCCAAAAGGUUCCUGCUGAUGCUGGAGGCGAUGGUGGGAGUGUUAGGACUUCGCCAAGGUUGGCAAAGCAAAAAUCGAGCUAG